GGACUUUCGAAGUUCCCUGUCGCCGCUUCUCUGGUAUAGCCUCUCGAAUUCUUUCCAAGUAGCCGCUGGUUCGGUUCUCAAACUUUGUAAGCCAGUCAGUCAGGGAGAAAAUGGGUCCCUCCUCGCCCUCCAUGAUCUUCUUUCCCGCAGGGCUCAUUUGGCUCGAUGGGGAACAAGUGCUGCUCACUCUGGACCGACCCCGACCCGGAACCCGACUGUCAUUUCGAGCCCAGUGAGUUUUGCAAUGACUGGAAAUAAGUGCUCUGAUGAACGGCCCUUCGUCUGAAUGCAGGCCUUCCGGUUGACGAGAGGAGGCUUGUGUUUCACAACCCCACGGUGCCUUCAUUCCCGACACACAGUAAGCGAGCGAUGACAGCGAGCCAGCCAACCGACCUUGUCCUCGCCGUCCGUGUACACUCGCCUGUUGCAGGGACCGGAGGUGGCUUUGGUCGCGAACCGGGGAUGGGUUUGCACGGUGAGCAACAACCAAAGCAAAGACUGUUUGCUGGCUCUGCUGUGCCUCCAGGACCCCCAAGGCGCCCUGAGAUGUCAGCCCUCGGUGGCAGGACUGGGGUGCCAACCUUUGGCAGCGGUAAGCGUUGCUCGUGUGCAGGCGGCUUUGGAUGUCAUGCCGUAUGUGCACCAUUGCAGGCUAUGGGUUUGUGACGGAUUGCAGCAAUGGGUUUGUGACGCAUACGGUUGGGAUGCCUCCGCAGGUGGACAAACAGCAAACGACCAAGGGUAAGGGAAGACGAGAGACGGCGGGAUGGGAAGUGUCAUGCCUUGUGCAUUGCAGGCUAUGGGUUUGUGACCCAUACGGUUGGGAUGCCUCCGCAGGUGGACGAACAGCAAACGACCAAGAGUAAGGCAAGCCGAGAGACGGGGGGAUGGGAAGACAGACGGAAGGCCAUUCUUUGUCUUGCCUCUCUAUCGUGUGUACAGCAAUGUUCGAUGGGGCCGAGGCGGCAAAAACAGACAGCCGCUCGCCCAACGUUGGCUCAGGUGAGCGCCGCGAAUGGUUGGCUGAUAUGCCCGGCGUCGCAGACAAGCAGCGGUACGGUCUUGUUGGCGAAGACAAGCAGCAGCCGGACAAGCAGCAGCCGUCGCAGACGAACAGUAAGGGAAGACGAAAAACUGGUCAUUUGGAUCCCGGUGUGUCUCUUCCUUAUGUGUCCAGCAACUGAACAAGGGAGCCAUUCACAUGGGGGUAAUGAUGCUGGCUGGCUCUGAUUGGAUUCGAUAUUCGAUGUCUCUUCAUCGUUGCAGUGGAUCUGCGGCCGCGAGUUCGCGUGCUUGGGGUCAGAGGCGUGGCAGAGUCGCUGCAGAACAACCCCAUACUGAACGCAUUCGCACAAGAAGGCGGUAAGCCCGCCAGCCCACACAUCUCUCAACGCGUCUACCGCCGUUUUGUCCUCGAUCGAUCGCAUCAGACAUGGAGAAGUUGACACGAGAGGUUGAGAACAAAAUGAAAAACAUGCCACUCCCGGCCUGCCUGGAUGGAUAUGUGCGUGAGGAUGGAGACAGCGAGGAGCAAGGUGAGCACAGGUGCACCUGUGCACGCACACACGGACGGAGGAAUCUGUCUGCAUGUCUCACGACCACAGAGGCUGGCUCGGCGGGGGAGAUAAAAUACAGCGAUAGGACCGGAAGGCAACUGAAGGUGGGUCAAGCGGAAACGUGGAGAGACAUCGAGAGAUGUGUUAAUAUGCAUGUGUAUGCCUUGAUAUGUGCAGAUCGCAAUCAGGCCGUGAAGAGGCUUACAGGGGUCACGAUGUUUUGCAUAGGGAUCAGAUACGUGUGCUCGUAUGAGGUAUGUACAAGAGGCCCUGCAUAGGUGCUGCGUGAUCAUAAACAUGUCGUGUGUUGACGUAAGCAUGAUGUGCUGUCAAGCCGACGUACAUCGCAUCCAACAAUGAGCAC